AUGCUGUCUCGACUUGUCCCUGCUACCACUUCACAACCACCACGCAAAUCUAGAAAUACACCCAGCAUCCAGGAAUCCACUACUGCUGGAUCGGAGAGCUCGUUUGACCUAUCUGACAAAGUAUCUGUCAAUAGUUCUCAGGAAUAUCCUAUAAAGAGUAUUAUUGGCGAAUCUCGCGACAAGUAUCUCAUUGCUUGGGAAGGCCCGUACGAACCAACCUGGGAACCCAAGCACUUUGCAAACGACGUUGCAAUUCGGUUCUGGGAGAAUAAGAAGAAGGGGACAGGGAGUGUUGCCAACAAGUCUUGUGACUUUGAUCAUCAGUCUUCUUUAGAGUCUUCAGCAACCUCUGCCGCUGGUCCACCAUCUACGGUGCCAGAGACUGCGCACUCAGGUCUCAGUCAAAGUUCCGUACUUUCGAGUGGUGUGGGCAACCAACCUUCUUCAAAUCCUUCUCAAGGCUCUGAAGCAAGUGGCAGUUUGUACUGUCCAGGCACCUCUGACCUGGCCACCCAGUCGAGCGGUGGUGGCUCAAUUCAAAGCCAACACCAAAUCUUGACCAGAGGCGCCCUUCGACUUUGUUCAACACAGUCUCUUAGCGAUCACUCUCUGUCCACUCAAGUUGAACAGAGCCCUACUUCAGGAUCACCCCGGUCUUCAAGUCAUUGCUCCCGUCAAUUCAUUCCACGCAAAACCCGUAGUGAACUAUUGCACCAACUUCGACAUCCGGCACGCCACGAUAAGCUGCCAGUGUCGCACAAUAUAUAUAAAACACCUAUUCGCCAGCGAGACGUUAGUUUAAGCAGCACCGUGAAGAGUCUCCCUGUUUACACUCAAUCCCCGGAUCCAACGACCUGGCAAAAGAACUUUCAACUUUCUAGGAAUCUGAAUAGCAUAUCCGUGUCCACCUCUACACAGUCGUCUAUCAACGGUGUAGCACAGCAAUCCGCGAAUAUUCCACGAAACUUCAUCAGCAUGGAUGAAUCCGCGGCUUCUCGCGAGACACCGAAACCGCUAAUUACCAUGGAAGAAGCGCGCCGUAAUAAUCCAGGGACGAAUUUUCGUGAGAAAAUGAGAUUUAUUCGUGCACAUGAACGCUCUCUCAUCGGAGAGCAACAGAGCGUCAGUACAAGUGUAACACCUUCCUCUGCUGGCGACAUUGAGCCAUCACAACCUGCUCCUGCUAGAGAUGGAGUAUCACCCCUUAAUAUCCGUGUCGACAAAGAGCCUCAGACUCAUCCACCACAUGUCAUGGCGGCGGCUGAAAGCCCCAGCACGUUUAUUGCACCGCAGGCUCUACAUUACGAUGUGGAAAAUCCAGCUACUGUCGCGGAAUUCCUCUCGGGGUCACAACCAACCCUUGCUGGAGAGGCAGGGUUUCCGGAAGUUUCAGCCGAGACAAUAGUCGAGCCAGAGGCAGGUUUCGGACCGACCGCCGCCUCCAUUGAAAAGGUUACAGAACCUGUUGGCAUUAAACUCGGGCCCAUGGAAUUCGCUAUUCCUCUCUCCAUGGAUUCUAGAGUAAAGGAUGAUUAUGAUGUUACUCUUUCUGCUGAGAGUAAAACAAUUGAGAAAUUUUUGAGGGAAUCCUCAUCCCUGGGAGAGAAUAUGAGCAGUUCUGAUCUAGAGUCCGAUACCCAAAUCUCGAAGAUGCGGAAGUUGAUUGAUCGCUUGAAGAACAUUACAACACAUCCCGAUCUCAAUGACCAACCUGCCGCAGCCGGUGCCAAUCCGGCCAAGGAGGCCGCGUGGGCGGAAUAUUCGAGCUCGAAAUUUCAAUUUCUAGGUUACUUAAUUGAUGCAGCCGCUAAUGAUGAUUUGCAUAUUCUUAUAGUUGGAGGAACCGAAAACGCUGUCAAACUAGUGGAAAAUUAUUUUAUAGGCAAAGAAUUUGCUUAUACCCAACCAUCGACAAAUGGGCCGACUGAUGCUGAGUUGUCCCUCUGCAAAGGGCAACUCAGCUUUACGAUACGAUCAGCGACUGAUGACCGAAUACUACAACCCUAUAAACCCCCGGCUGCGAUUAUUGCUCUCGAUAAUUCUAUCGAUGUGGACGCCCCAGCUAUUCGGAAAGUACGAACCGAAUCUUCCGCUCAUGGAAAACUUUUACCGGUUAUUCGCUUGCUUGUCUCUAAUACUUCAGAGCAUGUCGAACGGUGUUUACCAGACACAUCAAAAAUUAAUGCCCUUCGUCUUCUUGUCAAGUAUACGCGGGACUUCAGUAGUACCGCGGGAGAGCUUCAAGAUGACGCGCUAGGAGUGCAAGAAAAUGCGGAGGAAGUUGCCCUUUACUUAAAAAUGGACCCUGCUACACGCGUGUGGCCGAUUGCAGCGGUUGAGCUAAUACCGAUCGAGACUCCGAGAGUGUCACCUGCUUCUGUGGAAGCCGAAGAGCUUCGAUCGAUGUCAUCUUCACGACAAAAGCGUUUUUUGGAAAACGAUGAGGGUCAAGCUAGUAAUCAGACAAAACGGCAGCGAAUCAGCCCUUUCCAAGAUAUCACUCACAUCAGCGACUCAAACAAGGGACCAACACAGUCGCAGGAUGAAGCCGAUUCUCACCUUAGCGAACGAAGUUUAGCCGAAGCUAAAAACGCAACGGGAUUUGAAGUUAACCAGCUUCAGGCUGCGUUGGCAAAGAUGCAAACGAAUCUACAAACCAUGGAGAAGAGUUUCUCCCAACUGCAACACCGAUAUGAAACCAGACUAAACAAUUACCACAAGUUACGCAAGGAACUGGAGGAAGCCCUCGAAACCUCAAAGAAAUCUUCCGAGCGCCUCGAACGGCAGAAAAUGGAGAUAGCCAAGCUCAAAGACGAGAAAGCCAUCUUAGCCAAAGAGCUGGAUGAAGCUAGAACUACCAUAAAGGAAGGGGGAGGCACGGAUGCCGAGUUGGAGAAAACGCGAGAGGAAGUGCGCCGCCUCACCAAGGAAAAUGCCAGCCUCCAACGCACAGUCCAGCAAGAGCGCUCUCAGGCAGAAUAUACAAGGCAACAAUACCAAAACGCAUCCACAUCGGCGGCGCAAUCAGCAAUGGAGCUCCAACAACUCGAGGAAGAGUUGGCCAAUCUGAAAGCCAAGGCCGCGGGAGACCUAACGAAGUUGAAAAAGUUGCGUUUGCAAAACAACGAGCAAACGCAUCUUGCUCGGAUUGAGGAACUCGAAUUAACGCUAGCGCAAAGGGAUGAGUUGUUAAGCCGGAAGGAGGAGGAGCUGCGGGAGUUGAAGAAGAAUCGGCCGUCGACUCGAGCGACAAGUCUGCAGCCUCGCAGCCCGAAGUGGGGUUCAAGUCGUCCCACGAGCCCUGGAGUGAAUAAUGUUAGCAGUGCGAACAUUCGGGGUAGUACGUUGAGGUUUCCGUGCUGA